AUGGGGACCCCCAAAACUUUCGACUCCGUCAGUUCCUCCAAACGACCUGCCCAGGAUAGUAUCGGCGAAUCCUGGAUCGACGUGGGUAUAGGCCUCGUUUGCGCUGACGACAUUCUGGUCCUGGAUCCCUUCUCCAUUUGUGUUGUUUUCUGGGCAUCCCAAUGGUCAUUUAUCGACACUUAUAUACCCAGUGGACUAGAUCCGUGCUUACCUGGACCCUCCGAGAACAACACUGUGAAACUCGGCCACUGGAAGUCUUCCUCCGAUGGUGUGACUUCAGUGCCGGUCCUAGAGUCGCUCUUGUGUGACUCCUCCCUCGAACUAGGACCCGAGUCCGAUGCUGCUGUUGGACUCGGGACCCGACUCGGGACUCUGCGCACCCUCUGCGCCCUCGCUGCUGGGGUUGGCUUCGGUACCCUCCCCGCACUGCACCGAGUCGGACGGUCAACUACCUCUGCCUCUCCCCUGCGCGCCUUCACGACUGCCCCCACUGCUGCCGGCCGGGUCGUCUUUCUCUUGGCCGGCCGGCCCAGCGGUUGCGAGAUCGAAUAG